AUGAAGGUCACCUCGGGGCUCCCAUACCUAUACGUUAAACUGCCUCAGUCCACUAGCCCCACCACCAGAUCACACUUCAAGGACUUGCCUGACGACGUUGUGGCGGUCCGUAGUGACGAGCCCAAAGCGAUCAAAUCUUUUUUAGAAGGCAAUUCCUUGGCGAUUGACAUCCGCCCCUUCAAUAAUUAUCUGGCUUCUCGCCUUGAAAACGCAUACAACAUCUGCAUUCCUACUACGCUCUUGAAGCGGCCAAAUUACGACCUUGCCCAUGUUUCGAACUCCGCUGCUUUACCCAAAGAUGUGAAGGAUCAGCUCACUGCAAGCUCAGAGCCUACAAGGGUUUUGGUAUACGACGCUAACAGCGGCACCGGUCACAUCUCGUUUAGUUUGUUUCAAACGAUACAAAAGUUUCUCAAGCAUGACAGGUUUACUGUCGGGUAUCUCGAUGGCGGUUUUCAGAAUCUAGACACGCUGCUUCGAGAUGAGUCAGCCCUUCUGUCAGACCAAACUCCAGUCUCACCCGAGACUCCUCUGCAUCCCGUCUUAGACGCUGCUAGGCCGGAAUCUGCCAAAGACGGAUUCGCCCAAUCGCCAGGUGACUCGAGUCGUGAGUCUUCGCCUUUCCUUUCGGGGUUCACACUUCCUUCGGCCACAGCGUCAAACCAAAAAAUGUUGAUGUCAAUCAAGAAAACACUACCGCGGAUAGAUACUACAACCACAUAUAGCUACAAGCUCCGGUUCCCCGAAGGCUUUGAAGAAAAGAAGGAUAAGCUCCCUCGUUGGUUGGCUUUCUUUGCCGACGGCUAUGGUACCGAGGGUCACAAUGAGAAGGUUGUCAACGUAUUGAGCGACAAGUUCAACAAGCUUGAGCGUUCAGAGCAAGUCCGUCUAAGCAUGGCCAUUUCAAACACCAAUGAUGAAAAGUCAGACAAGGUGACCCAAACCGAGAAAGUCGCCCUCACUCCGGGCAAGCUUCAUUCGGGUCUUAGUAGUGGGUAUUGCUCCCCACUUGCACCAUGCCCACAUUGUGACAAGAUUCACUACACCAUUCCAAAGGGUGUAGAGUACGGCUACAAGAACCGCUACAAUAACAUCUGGCCAUAUGAGCACUCUCGUGUGAAGCUUGUGUCGUCUCCCUCUUGCUCCAGCGCCAAGAAGGAGUCUGCGGAUGACUACUUCAAUGCCAAUUACAUCAAGUGCAAGCAGCUCUCUCUUACUGAAUACAUUGCUACACAAAGUCCAUUGGAAUCCACGAAAGAAGAUUUCUGGAACACUGUGUGGUACAAUGGUAUCAAGGGCAUUGUGUGUCUCAACAAGCCAUCCGUCUUUGCUCCACAGGCAUACUACGAAGUGAACCAGCACUUUGAGAAGAGUGACCUCUCUGUGACCAUCAAGUCUACGGAAGACAAAGAGGGGUUCACGGUGCGCAAGAUGGAAUUGCAAAAACACGGCAAGACCCGUAUUGCUUACCACUUUGCCUAUGCCGACUGGCCUGACUUUGGUGUUCCUGACAACUUCAAGACUGUUUCACGUCUUUUGGAAAGCAAGAACGAAUGCAUCGAGUUGCUCAAGAACCAACAACCUCCCACAUCUAAAAUUACUCGCUCGCUUGAUUUACUUGUCCAUUGCUCAGCAGGGUGUGGACGUACUGGAUGUUUCAUCACGCUCGAUAUGGUUAAAGAUUGCUUCAAAGGCAAAAGCAAUGGGAAGUAUGACCCGUGGGGAACAAAAGACCUCGUCUACAAGGCGGUGCAGCUUCAACGCCAGCAGCGUAUUGCCAUGGUUCAGACACUUGACCAGUUCAUCUACUGCUAUGAGAGCAUUUUGCAUGAGAUCUUCGACAACUAUAUGUGA